GCAGCCGAGUCACUGCCGGUGCGGUGCCGGUCCGGAUCCGGGUCUGGGUCCGGGUCCGGGUCCGCGCCUCUCUGCCGGUCUCGCCGCUCUGCCGGUCCCGCUCCGCGCCGUGCUGCCGGCACCGGGACCCAGCUCCCCUCUCCUCUUCAGCACAAUGGCCUGCCAAGAGAGCGAGUACCUGGAUGACCAGAAGAAAUGUGUCCCCUGCAGAAAGUGCAUGCCUGGGCAGGAGCUUUCCAAGGACUGCGGCGACGGCAGCGGCGGGGACGCGCAGUGCGUGGCCUGCCCGCCCAGGAAGUUCAAGGACCGCUGGGGACAUCACGGCUGCAAGCCCUGCCUGUCCUGUGCCCUCAUCAACCGCCUCCAGAAGUCCAACUGCACAGCCACGGCUGACGCAGUCUGCGGGGAGUGCCUGCCAGGGUUUUACAGGAAGGCACGGAUCAGCGGGCAGCUGGAGUGGGAGUGCAUUCCCUGCACCAAGCAGACGCCAUCCUCCGAGCCACAGUGUCGGUCCAGAACAAACCUGGUGAAGGUUGCUGUCCCUACUGUACCUCCACAGGACACAGCCCUUCUUGCUCUGACCAGCAGUGCCCUGGUCAUCAUUGUCUUGGUGCUUCUGGCACUUUCCAUCAUCUACUGCAAGCGAUUCUGGAAAAGCCAGUGCCAGAGAGUCUUCCUGAGGACACAGAACUUCUCGGGCCAGCGAGCAACGUUCCCGACUGCAGCCACACCCGGCAGGUUCCUGUGCGAGGAGCAGAUGUCUGGACCCUGCUGCCUGGGUGUGAAGAAUUUGAGCCCUUGCUACAGGCAGGCAGAAGGCCCCGUGGAAGCGGUGCAGUUCAUUUCGGAUGGGGAAGCCGUGGGUCUGCAGCUCCCCUCUCUCCAGCCAGAGAUGGACUUGCCACCAGCCACUGCAGUCAGCACUGCCUCCAAGGCCCAGCUGGGCAGGAGCCUCCUGGAGAGCCAGCCCCUCAUCCGAACCUCGGGCCACGGUGACUGCCUGGAGGGGGUCCUGCCACCCCCCACCCCCAGGCAGGGCCGGCCGGGCACGGUGGAGGCCCUGGCCCCGCUCUCCUCCUGUGCCUCCGAGAUGCAGCACAAGUGGCCACAUGCACCCGUGGAGUGCACUGAGCUGGACCUCCAGAAGUUCUCCACCCAGGCGGAGUUUGUGGGCGGUGAGCGGCUGGAGGAUGCAGCAAGCUGGGCGAUGAAGAGGAUUCCAGCAGAGAGUGGUGCUGUGGUGCAGGAGGGGGCUCAUCACUUGCCCAUGGCCGAAAUCCCACCUGGGGAGCAGCCGGUGGAUGAUGCCCAGAGCCUGGUGACUCAGAUCAGCAGCACAGCCAAAGGUCUCCCCAUAGCAGAGCUGCCCCAUUCCUUGGUGCAGUCACUUGCCUUCUUGUUGGACCCUUCCUUGAACGGUGUGAAGAACUUCAGCCACGUGGCACUGGAGCUGGGGCUCAUGCCCCAGUUGCUGGGACGGAUUUCGGGGUUCGAGCAGUUGGUCACACACUUCACCUACGCGGGAGCCGCCGUCACCGUCCCGCUGCUGGCGCAGGCGCUGCAGCGGCUCCAGCGGUUUGACGCCUUGCUCCUGCUCUGCGACCACUUCACACUCAGCCCCACGCCGGACCGCCAGCACUAGAGGACAGGGAGGGACAGAGGAAGCUGCAUGCACUCAUGUGAGAGAGGAUCUGGUGGCCUGCAGUCACAUAACCUCCCUGGAGCGCAUGGCAGGAGCACACAGAGGUGGUCUUUGCGUCGCGGAAUGGAAGGACACAACAGGGGCAUCUCUGCACAGGGGUUCCAGGAAGCACAGCUGUGCCUUUUCCCUGCUCCUGGGGGAGGGCUUGCUCAGGCCCCUCCAGAGGCUGUUUUUCUCUGGCUGUGACACCCUUGCCUGUCAGUCAUUAUGCUGCCUGUGCUGUGGUGCUCUGGCUCUGCAGCCUCUGCCCCACUGUUGCCACAGGGCUCCCUCAGCCAUGGGGCUCUGUCUUUGUGGGCAGUGUCCUCCUAUGGACCCAGCCAUCUUCUCCCUUCCAUUUCAGCUUUCCCAUCCUUCCUCUGGCCCAUGCUCUGCUUUCCUGGGUGCCAGUUGCCACUUUGUUUACUUUUCAGUUGCUUCUCUCCCUCUGUGUUGCAGUUUCCUGGCAGAAGACCUGGCCAUGGCUGAUGUGCCAGGCUCCAGCCUUUGUCCCUCUGUGCCACCCGGGCACCUUCCUCUCAUGUUCAUUUGUGGUGCAGUGUGGCAUCCUGGCACAAGUUUCAGACAGGUUCCCAAGAUGGGCUGAUGUAAAUCCUCGUUGGGCUGUGGCUGUUGGCUGUGGGCAGGUGCAGGCUCACCCCAGCCUCGUGGCUGUUCCCUGCCCAUCACCUCCAAAGCUUCACAAACCACCUGUGGUGGCACAGGGUGUCAGGGGCAGGGACACUGUGCCGUGGGUGGCAGCUGAGAGCUGAAGCUGUGACCAGUCACAAGCAGCAGUGACGUUCCUGUGUCAGCCACAGCAGGAGCUCCUCCUCUUUUAAAAUAAUAUUUUUCUUUUUUUUUCCUGCCUAAAAAUGGCCAGAUUUCUCAUUCCUGGGAGCUGCUGCUGGGAAGGGGGAGCACCCUUCUGCUUGGUAUUUCAUCCUGGGGGGAUUUGUCAUAACUUGCCACAGUCUUGCUGUCACCGCUCACCCUGAUUUCGGUGUUGUGCCUGAGCCUGGGGGCUGCAGGCAGCUGGGCUGCUCUCGGUCUGCCCUGGCCACUGGGGCUGUGCUGGUGGCCCUGGACAGGAGCGGGGGCUGCAGGACACGUUCCUGAGCGGGGCACAGCGCUGCGGGGGCGGCCAGGCACGCAGGCGGCGGCUCCUCCAGGGUCACGGGCAGAGCAGCUGCCGGCGGGGCUGCAGCCGUGGCUCAGAGCCCAGCAGCGCUGACAGGGCUGAGGCUUCAGUCCCUCCAUGGGCCAUUCACUUAGGAGUUAGACUCCAGGAUCUUUGUGGUCCCUUCCAGCUCAGGAAGUGAGUGUGGUGUCACCCUAGCUGUCCCGAGACUCCCAGACAGCAUCACUGGGGCUCUGCCUCUGUUGCUUUGUUCCUCACUGCCAUGGAGUGCUUUCUGCUCCUGCCUGUCACCGGGGUCUCAGGCCGGUGGUGUGGUGGUCACCAGCAAGUGGCACUGUUACCCCACUGCCUGCUGCCCCCACCCAGGCCCCCUCGGCUGAGCCCACAGAAUUCUCCUUUAUCUGACCACAGUACCUGAAAGAAGAGGGUGCCCUUUCAGGAAGGCAGACCCCCCCCCAGCCCAGGUAAUAACAGCUGCUGGUGUUUCCUUUCCCUGUUUAAAGAUGUUGAGGCUUGAGCACGCCCAGGGCGUGCUCAGAUAAGUGAAGUCAUGGGCAGUUUGAGCUGGACCUGGCACCUCCCCUCACUGCUUGUUUCUUACACAGUCGAGGUCAUUUUGCUGCUCUUUGCUCCCCAAGACCCACAGGGUUGAACCUUGUUCCAUGUGGGGCCAGGAUUAGUCAGACUCUUGCUGCACAAUCGCUGUUAGGGAGCAGCCAGGAGUGUUGCUAUAGCACACACAGCCUGGGGCCAGGGAUUUCCUGUUUGAGGCUUUUCUGUGGCAGGGAGAGUGCUGGGUUUAAUCACCUCACAAAAUCCAAUAAAUAUUUAAUCCCUCUGUGGACAUAGUCACUU